AUGGAAAAGCAGUCUGGCAAGUUGCAAAGAAUAAAUGAAUUGCACACUAGCAAUUUAGGAUUUCAAUAUCCUUUACUCUUCCCAUAUGGGGAAGAUGGUUAUAGACAUGAUGUCAAUCAUCGACAAAAACCAGGAUUCAACAACAAAAGGAACAGACUCACAAUUAGGGAAUGGUUUUGUUUUAGAUUACAAACGAGACAAUCUGAAGCACAAACUUUGCUUAGAUCUAGACGACUUUUUCAACAAUUCAUAGUUGAUGGAUAUACAAUGAUGGAGUCUGAAAGAUUGUCAUUCAUUAAAUAUAAUCCAUCGAAGUUAAGGGUUGAUAAAUACAAUAACCUCUGUCAGGCUUCCACCAGCUCACAAACUCAAGGAUCACAACAAGGAAAGAGGGUUGUUCUUCCGUCAUCUUUUAUUGGUAGUCGCAGAUUCAUGGACCAACUAUAUUUUGAUGGAAUGACUAUUUGUAGUUAUAUGGGAUUCCCAGACCUUUUUAUAACUUUCACAUGCAAUCCUAAAUGGCUAGAAAUAACCAGACUACUUGCUAAGCUAAAGCUAUCUCCAACAGACCGUCCUGAUAUAGUUUCAAGGGUCUUCAAGAUUAAGUUUGAACAACUUUUGACAGACUUAACUAAGAAUCAUCUACUAGGCAAAACUAUUGCAUUCAUGUAUACCAUAGAAUUUCAGAAGCGUGGUCUACCUCAUGCACACCUACUGAUUUUUUUGCAUCCCAGUAGCAAAUACCCAACUCCUGAUGAUAUUGAUAAGUACCAAGCACAUAUAAAUGUUGAAUGGUGUAAUCGUAGCACUUCCAUCAAGUACUUAUUCAAAUAUAUCAACAAGGGUUAUGACAGAAUAACGGCUGCUAUAGUUCCCGAGCAAAAUGAAUUCUUUUUGAACAAAGAACCAAUAGAUGAAAUCAAGCAAUAUCUUGAUUGCAGAUAUGUAUCUCCUUGUGAAGCAUGUUGGAGAAUAUUUUCGUUUCCAAUUCAUGGACGAAAUCCAGCAGUAGAAAGAUUGUUUUUCCAUCUUUUUGGAGAACAGGCAGUAUACUUUAAAGAUGAUGACGUGAUUGAUGAUAUCAUGGGAAAGACAACAGUUUCAGAAUCAAUGUUUAUAGGUUGGAUGAAAUGUAAUAAGAAAUACGCAGAAGCCAGGGAAUUAACAUAUGCUGAAUUUGUUUCUAAGUUUGUAUAUGUCAAGAAAGAUAGAUAUUGGAAACCAAGGAAAAUGGGGAAUACUAUUGGAAGACUGAUUUGGGUUCCUCCAAGUACUGGAGAAGUAUUUUAUCUUAGAAGAAUGCUAACCCAUGUAAGAGGACCAACAUCCUACAUUGAUAUCAGAACAAUUAACAAUGUAAUAUAUUCUACAUUUAGAGAAGCUUGCUUAGCUUUAGGAAUAUUAGAAGAUGAUACAGAAUAUGUUGAAGCUAUAAAAGAAGCAAAGGAUUGGGGUUCCGGACAUUAUCUAAGAAAAUUAUUUGUCACUAUCAUGUUGUCAAAUAGUAUUAAUCGACCAGAAGACCUAUGGAACAAGACAUGGGAGUGGAGUGGUUAA